CAAGCAGACGUCAGUACCAGAAUUUUCGUAGUUUUUUGGCCAAAAGUGUUCAAUUUAGCCCAAAAACCUAGCAAAAUGGUCCUAGAGAGUACGAUGAUUUGUGUGGACAAUAGUGACUACAUGCGGAACGGGGACUUCCUCCCGACUCGUCUGCAGGCCCAACAGGACGCUGUGAAUUUAGUUUGCCACUCGAAGACGAGGUCAAAUCCUGAAAAUAACGUCGGAUUGUUAACCCUAGCAAAUGUUGAAGUAUUAGCGACUCUUACAAGCGACGUGGGGCGCAUUUUGUCCAAGCUGCACCAGGUCCAGCCCAAUGGGGACAUCAACCUGCAUACGGGGAUCCGCAUUGCUCACUUGGCACUGAAGCACCGCCAGGGCAAGAACCACAAAAUGCGAAUCGUGGCCUUCGUUGGCAGCCCUGUGGCGUCCGAAGAAAAGGAGUUAGUGAAAUUAGCGAAAAAAUUAAAAAAGGAGAAAGUAAACGUCGAUAUAGUCAGUUUUGGUGAAGACUUCACCAAUAAUGAAGUCCUGACGACUUUUAUCAACACUUUGAACGGAAAAUCUUUGAAGGACGGCAGCAGCAGCCACUUGGUGACGGUGCCCCCUGGCCCCCAUCUGUCGGACGCUCUCAUCUCCUCGCCCAUAAUACAAGGGGAGGAUGGUACGGGCGGGGCCGGUCUGGGGGCUUCCGGUUUCGAGUUUGGUGUGGACCCCAAUGAGGACCCAGAACUGGCGCUGGCGCUGCGUGUGUCCAUGGAGGAGCAGAGGCAAAGACAGGAGGAUGAGGCGAGACGGGCUAAGGAGGCUUCGUCUACUGAAACGGGGGCUAAAACUUCGCCCAUUAAGGAGGAGCCCAGUGAGGAGGCAAUGCUGGAGAGGGCGCUGGCGAUGUCCAUGGAGGAGGAUGGGGAGAGUGCCCCUGCGGGGGUUCCCACUGUCGAUUUUGCGAAUAUGACCGAGGAUGAGCAAAUUGCGUUCGCGAUGCAGAUGUCGAUGCAGGAUGCACAAGAGUCGAGUUCUGGGAAGAAAGAGGAGCCGAUGGAGGUUGAAGGAGAUGAAGAUUAUUCGGAAGUAAUGAAUGAUCCGGCGUUUCUGCAAAGUGUUUUGGAGAAUUUGCCAGGAGUUGAUCCGCAGUCGGAAGCUGUGAGACAGGCGGUGGGGAACUUGAAGGAUAAGAAGAAAGAGGAUAAGGAGGAUAAACAGAAGAAAUAAGUUAGGGAUAAUUGUUACUUUAGUUAUUUUUUUACAUAAUAAUUAUACAUUUAUAUGCGGAACUGUAUUGAUUUCAUUUGUAGUGUGAAGUAUCAUUUCAAAUAAAUGGAUUAACUAAUCA